UCUUUGGUUUGAUUUUCAGUACAAUUUUUCAGCGCGAUGGCUGUGCUAAUGUGAAAAUUAAUAUUGAAAUUACUGUUACGCUUUAAAGUAAAUUAAUAUAAAAUGUUAAGUUUAAUUUAUAAAGUAGUUAUUAGAUCAUGUGCAAAAUGACAGUAGUAAAUGGUGGCUUGAUUCUAUUUUUUGGUCCCUGAGAGAGAGUCAAGAACACGGCCGAAAAUGUCUGGCGGAGGGACAACCGGCGCGCUGCUGUACGCGGUGAGCGCGGCCGUGCUGGGUAUGCUGCAGUUUGGCUUCAACACCGGCGUCAUCAACGCGCCGCGCGCCUUCAUCGAGAACUUCAUCCGCGACCAGUACUCCGCCACCGCCAACACCGGCCUCAUCUUCAGCGUCAUCGUCAGCAUCUUCGCCGUCGGCGGCAUGAUCGGCUGCCCCCUCGCCAGUUGGCUCGCAGAAAAACUCGGCCGAAAGAAAGCUCUGUUCCUCAACGCCAUCCUCGGCGUCGUCGGUGCUAUACUAAUGGGCUUCAGCCAGUUGGCGGGAUCUGUUGAAAUGCUCAUCAUUGGGAGGUUCAUCAUAGGAGUAAACUGCGGCUUCGCAACUACCGCCUCGCCGACUUAUGUGUCUGAAGUAGCCCCUCUCAGGCUGAGAGGAGCCUUCGGUACGGUGAACCAGUUAGCUGUUGCCUUUGGAUUGGUUGGUGCUCAAAUACUCGGUAUUGAUGUGAUUCUAGGCAGCGACGCGGGCUGGCCGUGGCUACUGGGAUUAGCUAUUUUCCCAUCAGCUCUCCAGUGUCUCAUGUUACCAUUUGCGCCUGAAUCACCGCGAUUUUUGUUGCUAGCCGCCCACGACGAACAGAAAGCGAGGAUAGCUCUUACGAAAAUCAGAGGAACCACUGAAAUCAAUGAUGAGAUCAACGAUAUGCACGUAGAAGACCACGCUGCUAAGCAGGAGGAGAAAUUCACCAUUCCUGAUCUUUUCCGAAUUAGCCAUUUGAGGAAACCACUAUUUAUCGGAAUUGUUAUGCACUUGUCACAGCAACUGGGUGGAAUUAAUGCAGUUCUGUACUAUUCUCAAACAAUUUUCGUUAGCGCUGGUCUAAACGAAGAGCCGGCUAGGCUGGCGACGAUUGGCGUCGGAAGCAUGCUGUUCAUUAUGGCCUUAGUAUCCAUUCCUCUGAUCGAUCGAUUGGGAAGACGCACGCUGCAGCUGACGGGUCUUGGUGGUAUGACCGUGUUCUCUAUCCUGAUGACGAUAGCUUUGCUGUAUAAGGACAAUCCUACGAUGAGUGUUUUCGCUGUGAUCUUUACAUUCUUGUAUGUGGCGUUAUUCGGCGUGGGCCCGAGCUCUAUUCCUUGGAUGAUAUUGUCCGAGUUGUUCGGGCAGGGUGCCCGGAGCGCCGCGGUGAGUGUGGGCGCGCUAGUCAACUGGUUCGCAAACUUCGUAGUAGGCCUAACAUUCAUUCCGAUGAGUGACGCCAUGGGUGCCUAUGUGUUCUUGCCCUAUACGGCGCUUCUAAUAUUAUUCUUCGUUUUCACAUACUUCAAACUGCCCGAAACUAAGAACAAGACGAUUGAAGAAGUCACAGCUCUCUUCAAACAGUAGAGUAACCUCUCAAAUGCUAGACUUAAGCUACAUUCCUUAGGGUUAAGUUUCAUCGAUAUUGCAAUAAGUAUUUAGUCUUACUAAUUUUUACUACCCACUUUUUUCUUUUAACUCAGGUUAAAUAGAAAAUCUUCACAAUACUGUGCUGUUGUCAAAAGCGAGUAUUUUUAAAGAAAUCUCGUAAAACAUGAGAUCAAAUUUUCCUUUACCAGAUCAAACCGCUGGGCUAAUGGUCGUAAAAUAACCUUUUUUAAGAUAAGAUAAAAAAAAUAACUAGAAACUUUGGCGUGGUUAAUACUUAUUGGUCGCUGGAUCAUCAGUUUCGCAUAAAUUAGAAAGACUGAGCCAUCUUACAUUUACCAAAAUGUUUCUAAACCAAGUACUUACUAUGUAAUUUUAUAAAUAUGAGUAUUUUAGAUACGAAUUAAAUAAUAAUGUUUAGAAUUCAUCAAAAUAUUAUUAACAUCUAUCAUUUCUUAUAAAUUCAAUGGAUUUACCAUCCCCGUUUACAGAAGUAUUACAGAUUUUUUAUAAACUUACUAAGUAUUAUUGUAUCCUAUCCCAUUCUAGCGUGUCCAAAGGUUUGUGGACCAAAUUUUGUUUUACGGUUCUUUUAUUAAUGUCUGUAUGACUUAAAUCCGUUAUUCUUUUUAUAUUUUACGUGUGUUUUGACUUUUUUUUAUUUGUGAUUACAAACUCAGUUAGGUGCUCGAUUUUGUAUGAGUUUUGUUUUAUUCUAUAGUGCCUUAAUUUAUAAGUUAUUGUUUAACGAAUGUACAGACUAUAUUUUAUUUAUUGCCGAUCGCUUGCUGUUCUUACAAUGUAUUUAAACGUGUAUGAUAAAUCCGCAUUGUUAUGUAGUAGUAUUUAUUUAUUUAUUUAACUGUACGUAACUUCACCGUCCUAGUGUACUUUAGUGCCAACCUCUAGAUAAUAAUUACCAUAAAAUUAACGCACUAAAGUUGUCUAAAAGUUUUACACAUUGUUACAAUUGGUUAUUGAAUUCUUAAAAGCGUGUAAUGAGAUGUUGUUUCAUAUUCAUAUUUUGCUAUAUUGAGCCUUGACUCGACUCUGUUGACAAAGUCUGUACAAGUUGCUUCCAUAGGCGUGCAGUGUAGAGAUAUUAAGGCAGCUACCUGUCUCGUAAAUGAUGUCUUAUUGAUUUAAACCAGUCCAUCUAGAGACAAAGUGAUAUUGUGACAAAUUACGGGCUUCACAAAGCUAUGUUACGAAGAUGAAGAAUAGUUCGGAACAAAUUCAAACUGUCACAAACGGUAUUUUCCCUCGAGGGGCUUAAAAUCCUUAACCUGCUUUCCGAAAUAAUCUAAAAAUGUGUAGCCCGCCAAUGGAAGCUCCAUUAUAGCUAACAGUUCACUAUUCAUAAUUAUAUUAAAAUAGAGCGCCGCAAAAAUGUAAGAAGUACAAAUAGCAAUAAGAAUAAUUGUUUCGAUUUGUUUUUAUUUGUACUUUGUAUAAUAACAUGAGGUAAUUACAACAAUAAUGUUUCAUUUAACUAACUUAAUAACUAACUGCUUUUUACGUAGAUAUUUGUUUAUAUUCAGCAUUAGCAGCUCAAACUAAAAAAAGUUAAUGUAAGUUUUUUUUAAAUAUUUUUCAAUUUUGUUUGUCAUUUUAGAUUAAUUAGGAAGCAAUUUUAAUAUUUCACCUAGCACUUAAAUAGCAAAGACAUGUUACACUAAUUUAUUGUAAUUUUCAUCUAGAUGGCGCUACUGCAUUUCAAUUAUUUAACCGAUUAGCGUAAUUUUGCUAUCAUUAUGUCUGUAUUAAAGUUUAGAAAUGCUCAGAAAGGUUCUUUAAAUUGUUCUUAUUAUAUUGUUUAUUACAUACAAAACAAGGCUUUAAUAUUAUUUUUACUAAACAUCGUAUUUGGUUGAAAACUUGCACGUAGCGUCAACAAAGUGUAACAAAAUUUUAAGAUCCAAUUCUAUUUUGAAAAAAAUAUUAAUUAGGCCUCUAAACAAUGUAACGAUCGUUAUAGAUUCGAUUUCAUGAUAUUUUCGUACCAACAUGCAAUGAAGCGAUUCCAUUAACGGUUUUACAUUUUCUACAGGCAUUGUAACAUAAUUGGCGUCAAUAUUGAGCGUAAAUCUAAUAUUUUUACAAAUAUCUGGUAUACCUGCUAUAAUACGACGUUAUACUUACUAGGAUUUGUAAUCGUACAUUAUUUACAUUAUGGCAUUUAAGAUUGUAAUUUUAUUAUAGCUAUAUUAAAACACAAAAACAUGAAUAUUAAAAUUGUACCCUAUAUUAUAGACAACAAUCAAAAUAUUUAUGAAAAAAAAAACGAAUUUAAUUCGUCUGUUGAUAUUAAAUUACGAUUAAGAAAGUA